GCGGGUUUUCCAAGUACUUGCGUUUCUUAGUAUUGCAUAUUGUCUUUCCAGAUUUUUAGUGUCUCACAUCCUAUGGGAUCACUAUCACUGGGUUAUUAUCCUUCUUGUGAUGUGGUAGCGACGGCAACAUCUGGGUCAGCUUCUACAGACGACCGACAACAAAAUCUUAUUUAUCCAUGUAUUAAAAUAAUGAGCAUCACUGGAUUCGAUCCUGAACGGUAUAAAGUCAUCAAGGGUGAAUAUACACCACUCGCAUGUUAUGGUGAAUUACGAAUUAAUUAUUGUAUCACACGUGAUAUCCCUUUCCUAUCAAAUUCAUUUAUUACAAAUUGGUCUCAAACACAAGUUAAUCUUGACAGACAAUUGUAUGACAAACGAUACAAGUGUAGAUUUGUUUUCUAGAUUUAAUGAAGCCUUUGAUUUACCCUUACCAUAUAAUGCCUUGUACGACUAUAAUGGAAUUUGUUUUGUCCUGUCAUCUACGUAUACGGAUAAAAAAGGUAUGCAUGAACAGUUAAUAGCCGGUGCAAACAUGAAAUUAUAUAAUUCUAAAAAAGUAUUUCGACAAGGAAUUUACGAACUUGAAUUACAUCCUUUGGAACCGUUAGGUGUUUAUCGACUAGAGGAUGUUGAAAAAUUAGUGAGGGAACCUACUUUUGACUCAAAACCUUCGAAUAUGGAUACCAUGAAUCAGAUCCUUAAGACGAAUCGUAAACAUCUUCGUAAUGAAUUGUUAGAAACACCAUUAGAUCGACAUUGUAUGCCAGAUGUGGAACAUGCGGUUGAUGAGGCGAAACGAGCUAGUGGACGUUUAUUCCUUAGUGUAAAAUUUGAGUUUUCAAGAAGCUAUCCAUCUGUGUAUAUGCCUGUAAUAUUUCAGCGUCCAUUUCUGCCUGAACAGUCAGAAUUACGAGCUGAUCGAUGGAAUCCAGUAGAUGAAAAAUAUUUUAAAAUGACACGUAAUGCUCGUACAGCUGACGUGGAUCGUGCACGUAAACCUAAUAAAGACAUAUUAGAUAGAUUGAAACUUAUCCUUGAUUUGCCACCAGGAUUAAAUAUAUCCGAGUCAGAUGGGGAUCUUAUCUGGAAGUAUCGAUUUUAUUUAGCUGACAAAUUCCCUGAAACUUCUUUAGCGAAAUUCAUUUUAUCUGUUCGUUGGGAAUAUACAGAACAAGUGAAUCAAGCCGUUGAAUUGUUAAAACAAUGGCCAAAAAUAGCGCCUGAACAUGUUCUAGAACUAUUCACUCGUCAAUUUCUUCAUCCUGCCGGUAGAAGAUUUGCUGUACACCGUUUGGAAGCUGCCAGUGAUGAGGAACUUAUUUUAUACUUAUAUCAACUUGUACAAGCAUUACGCUAUGAAAAUUGGCAUGAUAUAUUUUCAGUUCAACCUAAAAGGAAUGAUCGAACUUCUAAACGUAAUGUUUCAGAUGUUAUAAAAGAAGGUAAUUCUGAAGAGGUGAAAUCUACAAAUUUGACAUCAAAUCGUAAAAUGCCAUCAUCUUUUCGUACUGGACGAGGUGGUGCAUUGCAAAAUAUUGAACGCAGUCGUGAAGAAUUAAUUGGAUGGCACUCUGAUUUAAAAAAAGAAUGGAAAGAAGAUUUAGCCAGUUUCCUUAUAAGACGUGCUCAAUUAAAUUUUCGUAUUGCAAAUUACCUGUAUUGGUUUUUACAAUUAGAGGCAAACAGUAAUGAUGGUGAAGAUGAUUUCUCUGAACGGGAUACAGUAAAUUCACCCGAUACUCAAAAGAUGUAUAAACAUGUUUUGAAUAGACUUUUACAUGCUUUCGAUGCUGGUAGUCCUACUUGUCAAAAAUGGAACAUAGAACUACUACAACAAACACAAUUCAUUCAAGAUUUAUGCCGGUUGCUAAAAUCAGUUACCAAUGAUUUGGGUAAUCGUUCACGUAAAAUUGAAUUGUUAAGAUCAAAGUUGGAUAGUGAAGAAUAUGCUCAUAUUAGGCACAUUGAUAAACCAUUCCCACUUCCUCUAAAUCCGGAUAUUAUUGUAUGCGGUGUACAAUCGUCUACAGCUACACUAUUCAAGAGUUUUCAACGACCUGCAUUACUGACUUUUAUCCAACCGAAUGGCGACACUUAUCGAGCUAUUUUAAAACACGGUGAUGAUUUACGUCAGGAUCAAUUGGUUUUACAAAUGAUUGAGUUAAUGGAUGUGAUACUUCGCAAAGAAAAUUUCGACCUUAGAUUGACACCGUAUAAAGUUUUGGCUACAAGUAACCGUCAUGGUUUAGUUCAAUUUGUCGAAUCUAUUUCAUUGGCUGAUAUCCUUCAUCGUUCCACAUUACUAGCUUAUUUACAGUUAAAAGCUCCGAGUCCAAAUAGUCCUAUGGGUGUUCAAAAAGAUGUUAUGGAAACAUAUAUUCGUUCUUGUGCCGGUUAUUGUGUCAUCACUUAUCUUCUUGGAGUUGGUGAUCGUCAUAUGGAGAACUUACUACUCACUGCUGAUGGUCAUUUAUUUCAUAUUGAUUUUAGUUUUAUUCUUGGCGCUGAUCCUAAACCAAUGGCACCUGAAGUAAGAUUAACUCGUGCAAUGAUUGAUGGUAUGGGUGGUCCAAAUUCAAAUCAAUUUAAUGAAUUUUGGAAAAUCACUUUUACAGCUUUUCUUAUUUUAAGACGGCACGCGAAUUUAUUUUUGACUCUAUUUUCCUUAAUGUCAAACACUGGAAUACAGAAUUUUAAUGGUCAACAAAAUAAUGCAUCUGAAUUUUUAAAAGAACAUUUCUGUGUACAUCAAUCAGAAGAGAAAGCUGUUAGUCGACUGGCUAAUCGUAUGACUGAAUCUAUCAAGGCUAUUGUACCUGAUAUUAUGGAACGAAUACACACUAUUGUACAAUAUAUGAGGAACUAAUCAAACCUUCCAAUAAUCUAAUUGUGAUAUAGAUCUAUCUUCAAUAUCCUUUUUGUCAAACUUAUAUUUUCCUAACAAAAAAACAUCAUAAAUUUUCACCAGGAUACUUUUGCUUACAAAAUGUUUCAGUCAAUAAUAAAACGUCACAGUAUUUCUUAUCAUUAUUUAAUAUUUUUUUGUAACAAUGUAUGUACAUGAAUAAUAAUAAUAAUAAUAUUAACAAUAAUAA